UACUUUACAACAAAUUGAUCCGUUAAAUUUAUUCUGAAUAUAUAGCUUGGAAUGGCAAGUGCAUUGGAAACAUUAUGCGGACAAGCCUAUGGGGCAAAACAGUAUCAUAUGCUUGGGAUACACAUGCAAAGGGGUAUGCUUGUAGUGGUGGCAAUUUGCAUUCCCAUAUCAAUCGUUUGGGCAUUUGCGGGGCGUAUAUUUUCUCUCUGUGGACAAGAUAUUGAACUUUCAAUCCAUGCCGGAGUGUAUGCUCGCUGGUUGAUUCCCAGCAUUUUGCCUUAUGGACUCCUCCAAUGCCAAUUAAGGUUCCUUCAAACACAAAGUAGACUCAAACCACUGCUGAUCAGUACUGGUUUCACAAGUUUACUUCAUGUCUUCUUGUGUUGGGCAUUGGUUUCAAAGUUGGGAUUAGGAAACAAAGGGGCUGCACUCUGUAAUGCCAUAUCUUAUUGGAUCAAUGCGCUGAUUUUGGUGCUUUAUAUAAGGUAUGCAUCAGCUUGUGAGAAAUGGACAGGGUUCUCCAAGGAGGGUGGAAAAAACCUUCCCAGUUUUCUAUCAUUAGCUAUCCCGUCAGCUUGUAUGAUCUGCUUGGAGCAGUGGUCUUAUGAGUUUCUAGUGCUCAUGUCGGGGCUGCUUCCUAAUCCAAAGCUCGAGACAUCUAUGAUGGCCAUCAGCAUGAGUACUAGUUCUCUGGCUUUCUGGAUUCCCUCUGGAUUUAGUAGCGCAGUAAGUACGAGGAUAUCGAAUGAACUGGGAGCAGGGAGACCUAAAGCAGCCAAGUUAGCAGCACGAAUCGUUCUGCUUAUUGCUGUGGUAGAGGGCCUGCUACUAAGUGGAAUAGCAGUUGCAGCUAGAAAUGUGUGGGGAUAUAUGUACACUAACGAAGAGGAAGUGGUGAAAUACCUAUCAGCAAUCAUGCCAGUGCUUGCAUUGUCGAAUUUCAUGGAUGGAAUUCAAGGGGUUCUUUCAGGUACUGCAAGAGGAUGUGGUUGGCAGAAACUUGGUGCACUGAUCAAUUUAGGAGCCUACUAUGUUGUUGGACUUCCUUGUGCAGUCAUUUUAACUUUUGUCUUCCACCUUGGAGCAAAGGGUCUUUGGACAGGAAUUAUAAGUGGAAGUGGUCUUCAAGCAUUGCUAUAUAUACUUAUCACCCUGCGAAUAAAUUGGGAGCUUCAGGCAACGAAGGCUAUAACUAGACUACAAGUUUCUUGAAACCUCAGAAGCUAUUGAUGUCAUGAUUAAGUUGUUUUUAGUCUUAUGUAAGUGAAAUCCUCAGCUUGUAAUGCAAAAAUAGAAACAAGUUUUGUCAUUUGUGUUACUCUGUACUCUAAAUUAAUGCCUUUGAUACAAGAUUCUCCAACGGUAUAUGUUGGCAACAGAUGCAAGCUACUCGUACUGAAAAACUAUACGAACAUACCGGUGCUUAUGGAGUCAGAAAUUAACAAUUUUUGUAGUUGAAGCACAACAAAUUAUUAGCAUAAAUCACUCUUUAAAGUAAU